GUCCAUUGGAUGGAAAGGAACCGCCAUCCUUGUGGAGUUGGAAGUGCACGGAGAGGUAGAGGAUGAGUUCCCUAACCUCGAAGGAGCGAAGGCAGUAAGAGAGAUCAGUUGUCUUGCGUGGAAAGUGAGACUUUGCAACUUCAUGUAAACUAUUUGGGGAUGUUGAAUUGUAAUCGACAGUGUUGUAAUGAUCAAUUAAUUAUCUAGUAUUGGUAGCCCUGCGUUACCAAAAUCUUUUAUCUCGCAUAAAACUGAGCAUUGAAGUGAGACGAGGACUGUGUUUUGACGUGCACAGCUUGCAAUGCGCACGCAUCUUUCGUUAUGAAAGGAAGUGUCGACGCCAUUGUUUGAAGGCCCAUAAUGUUCGUCUUUUUAGUGUAAAAACAAGAAAAAUUCGUGUAUAUAAUGACACAGUUUUUACCCCCGAACCUGCUCGCGCUAUUCGCGCCGCGCGAUCCAAUCCCCUACCUUCCGCCCUCGAGUAAACUACCGCACGAGAAGAAGUCGCGUGGAUACACGGGGGUUGGCAAAUAUCUCCAAAAUUUCGAGGAUCCGAAAGAGACUCCGCCACCCACCCGCGUCGAGACGCGCGAGGAGCGCAUCGAACGCAGACGACGCGAACGAUCCGAACAGGUCGCAUAUAAGUUGGAGCAGCAGAUCGCCGUGUGGGAUCCCAACUCGCAGUCGAAUACGACAGUCGAUCCGUUUAAGACACUAUUCGUAGCUAGAAUUAAUUAUGACACAUCGGAAUCGAAACUUCGGAGAGAGUUCGAGAUUUACGGUCCGAUCAAAAAGAUCGUUCUAAUUCACAACACGUUAAACGGUAAGCCGAGGGGGUAUGCGUUCAUCGAGUACGAGCACGAACGAGAUAUGCACUCGGCGUAUAAGCAUGCGGAUGGUAAGAAAAUUGACGGUCGUAGGGUAUUGGUGGACGUCGAACGAGCACGAACGGUUAAAGGAUGGUUACCGCGGCGAUUGGGCGGCGGUUUGGGUGGUACGAGAAGGGGAGGUCCCGACGUCAAUAUAAAACAUUCGGGCCGAGAAGAUAACGAAAGGGAACGAGAGAGGUAUCGUUUGGAACGCGAAAGGGAGGAACGAGGUGGAGGAGGAGGAGGAGGAGGGCGCGAGCGUGAAAGGGAUCGCGGCGCUCCGGAGCGAAGGAGAUCGCGGUCUCGUGAAAGGAGGCGCCGUAGUAGGAGUCGUUCACGUGACAGAAAACGAAGACGUAGCCGGGAAAGAAUUCGGACCGAUGAGGUGGAGGAAGUGGAAGUGCGACCACCCAGAGAGAAGGACAGAGAAAGGGAACGUGACCGUGACCGAGACCGUAAACGACGCCGUUCGAAAUCUAGAGAGAGAGAUCGCGAACGGAAGAGAGAGAAGAAAGAGAAACGCGAGAGAGAUCGCGGAGAUCGAUUGGAAUAUAUUAAAACAGACGACGGGGGUGAAAUACGAAUUAAAGAAGAACCAUUGGAUGACUAUCCAGAUUACUCAAAAUAUCACACGCAACCUUUUAAUGUUGCACAUGUUAAAUACGAAGACGAGGAGGAGGAGAAGAAAUUUGAACCGGAUAACAGUCAUAACGGUAGCAACCAAUAUGAUGAUGAAUUCGAGGAGGGUGAAGCGUACUAGUUUAAUGCAAAUUUAUUUUAGCCAUUGUAGGUAUAUUUAAGUUGAGUAAACAAUAAGUAGGUAUGUCAUUUUUUCGUGAUCGUUCACGAAUUAUCUUAAAUGCUUGUAAAAAUGUGUAAGUGAUAAUUUAAUCAAUAGAACUUUAACGGUC